UUGGGACGCUACUAAUUAUCACUCAUUAAUGGGCACAGUUUCUGGGUCGUUUGAGAUCUGGUUUAGUCACGGAUCGCAAAUGCUUUGGUCAGGAACGUACGGCAUGCCACACGCUAAAUGGAUGCGCUGCCUGCUCUGGCUCACGCUUCAGUGCAUGUGGGUGGACGGGGGAUAUCUGGAGGAUAACUUUCCGGCGAGCGUGAUAGAGGAUGCCCAUCUGAGCACGCUGCAACUCUUGCAGAAGUACAAGUAUCCGGCGGAGGGCCAUCAGGUGACCACCGAGGACAAUUACAUCUUGACCGUUCACCGAAUUCCACGGCCAGGGGCCCAGCCUGUACUGCUCGUACACGGCCUUGAGGACACCUCCUCCACCUGGAUUGUGAUGGGACCGCAGAGUGGGCUGGGCUACUUUCUGUAUGGCCACGGCUAUGACGUGUGGAUGGGCAAUGUGCGCGGCAAUCGCUACUCGCGGGGCCACCGGCAGCUAAACGCCAACACGGACCGGGCCUACUGGAGCUUUUCCUGGCACGAGAUUGGAGUGUACGAUCUGCCCGCCAUGAUAGACGGUGUCCUGGCCAAGACAGGAUAUGCGAAACUCAGCUACUUCGGGCACUCCCAGGGUACGACUUCGUUCUUUGUGUUGGCAUCCAGUCGCCCGGAGUACAACGCCAAGAUCCACCUGAUGAGUGCUCUGGCUCCUGUGGCUUUUAUGGCCCACGCGAAGGCGCCUCUGUUGGGCAUAGCCAGAGUUGGCAUCAACAUGCUGGGCGAGUCCUUCGAGCUGUUUCCACACUCUUACAUGUACCUCAAUCAGUGCCUGCAAUCGGCCGGCAUGCUCAAGACCUGCCUUCGUUUCCUCUGGCAGGUGGUCGGCAAGAAUCGCGAGGAAUUCAACAUGACCAUGCUCCCGGUGGUGCUCGGCCACAUCCCAGGGGGCUGCAAUGUGAAGCAGCCCGUCCACUACAUGCAGCUGCGGAGCUCUGGUCGGUUCUGCCAGUACGACCACGAGGCGAAGGAGAAUCAGAAGAUCUACGGGCGUAGCUCUCCCCCUGAUUACCGACUGGAGAGGAUUACUGCCCCGAUCGCGCUGUAUUAUGGCAGCAAUGACUAUCUUUCCGCUGUCGAGGAUGUUCAGCGUCUGGCCAAGCUGCUGCCAAAUGUGGUGGAGAAUCAUUUGUACAAGAAGUGGAACCACGUGGACAUGAUCUGGGCCAUUAGUGCUCGGCACUCGAUUCAGCCCAAGAUGCUCGAGGCAAUGAGGUACUGGGAGUCAGCAGUGGGAGGCAGCAAGCAUGCUGAAGCCACCACCAGUUAUGUGGUUGAGGAAGAGAUUGCUGAGCCGGUCAGCGAAGCUGCCACAGAAAGCCCUGAUGAUGAGACGGAAGUUGAGGAACAAACUGGGAAAGAGCGGGAAGGGGCAAGGGAUGAAGAUUAAGAUCAAAAUGUAUGU